UUUACCCACCACCUCACCCGUUUCGCUCUCCUCCCCACCAUUUUGUCUGUGUCAUUGUUAGGAGAGCCAGCAGACGUAGACGAAGACCAAGAAAGGUAGAGUGGAGUUGGAUUGGGAGAAGGGUGAGGGCAAUGCCUUGCUCUUCUUUCGGAGACUCCGGCAGUGACGAAAAUGGCCGUCUGCGUAGUUUCAAGCUGACUGAGUCCACUUUCCUGGCCUCCCUCAUGCCCAAGAAAGAGAUUGCCGCCGACUGCUUCAUCGAGGCUCACCCAGAAUACGACGGCCGUGGAGUCCUCAUCGCUAUCUUCGAUUCUGGUGUUGACCCGGCUGCUGCUGGCUUGCAAGUUACCUCGGAUGGGAAGCCGAAAAUACUAGAUGUCCUUGAUUGCACCGGGAGUGGAGAUGUUGAUACCUCAAAGGUGGUGAAAACCGAUGCGGACGGUUGUAUUCGCGGAGCUUCAGGGACCACUCUGGUUGUCAAUUCUUCAUGGAAAAAUCCUUCUGGUGAAUGGCAUGUUGGUUAUAAGUUGGUGUAUGAGCUAUUUACGGAUACUUUGACCUCUCGCUUGAAAAAAGAAAGAAAGAAAAAGUGGGAUGAAAAGAACCAGGAAGAAAUUGCUAAGGCUGUUAAGCAUCUUGAUGAAUUCGAUCAGAAACACACUAAAGUGGAAGAUACAAACCUGAAAAGGGCCCGCAAAGACCUCCAAAACAGAAUUGACAUUCUACGAAAGCAAGCAGAAAGCUUUGAUGACAAGGGGCCUGUCAUUGAUGCCGUCGUGUGGCAUGACGGAGAAGCAUGGAGGGCUGCUCUUGACACACAGAGUAUUGAGGAUGACCUGGAUUCUGGGAAACUUGCUAACUUUAUCCCCCUGACUAAUUUUAGGGCUGAACGGAAGUUUGGUGUCUUUAGCAAAUUAGAUGCCUGUUCAUUUGUUGCUAAUGUGUACGAUGAAGGGAAAAUUUUAAGUAUUGUAACGGAUUGCUCCCCACAUGGCACUCAUGUUGCUGGUAUUGCCACUGCUUUCCACCCAAAGGAGCCCUUGUUGAAUGGGAUUGCACCUGGAGCACAGUUAAUAUCUUGUAAAAUUGGAGAUACACGGUUGGGUUCAAUGGAGACAGGCACCGGCUUGACUAGGGCUUUGAUAGCUGCAGUGGAGCACAAGUGUGAUCUCAUCAACAUGAGUUAUGGAGAACCUACAUUAUUGCCGGACUAUGGUCGAUUUGUUGACCUUGUUGAUGAAGUGGUGAAUAAAUAUCGGAUGAUUUUUGUGAGUAGUGCUGGCAAUAGUGGGCCAGCAUUGAGCACUGUUGGUGCACCUGGUGGUACCACCUCAAGCAUAAUAGGCGUUGGUGCUUAUGUCUCUCCUUCAAUGGCUUCUGCGGCUCAUUGUGUGGUUGAACCUCCCAGUGAAGGGCUUGAAUACACUUGGUCCAGUCGGGGACCAACGGCUGAUGGAGAUCUUGGCGUCUGUAUAAGUGCUCCUGGUGGGGCUGUUGCUCCUGUUCCUACAUGGACUCUUCAAAGACGAAUGCUUAUGAAUGGAACGUCAAUGGCGUCUCCGUCUGCUUGUGGGGGAAUUGCAUUACUCUUAAGUGCGAUGAAGGCCGAGGGCAUUCCUGUGAGCCCCUAUAGUGUGAGAAAGGCUCUUGAGAAUACAGCUGUUCCUGUCGGUAGUUUGCCUGAAGAUAAAUUAACCACUGGACAAGGGCUUAUGCAAGUUGACAAGGCACAUGAAUAUAUACAGAAGUCUCGGGAUGUUCCAAUUGUAUGGUAUCAAAUGAAGAUUAACCAAUCUGGAAAAUCAACUCCGAUAUCUCGAGGCAUCUACCUAAGGGAGGCUAGUGCUUGCCAACAAUCCACUGAGUGGACAGUGCAAAUUGAGCCAAAAUUUCAUGAAGAUGCAAGUAAUUUAGAAGAAUUGGUUCCUUUUGAGGAGUGUAUUGAGUUGCAUUCCAGUGAAAAAGCAGUUGUGAGGGCUCCCGAGUAUCUCCUUCUUACUUACAAUGGUCGUAGCUUCAAUAUAGUUGUGGAUCCAACCAAUCUUAGUGAGGGCCUUCACUACUUUGAACUGUAUGGGGUUGAUUGCAAAGCACCCUGGCGUGGUCCUCUGUUCAGAAUCCCGGUUACUAUCACAAAGCCUAUGGCUGUAGUGAAUCGGCCACCUGUUGUUUCAUUUUCAAGGAUGCCAUUUCAGCCAGGCCAAAUAGAGAGGAAAUAUAUAGAAGUGCCACUUGGUGCCAGUUGGGUUGAAGCCACAAUACAGACAUCAGGAUUUGAUACACCACGAAGAUUCUUUGUUGAUGCUGUUCAGAUUUGUCCCUUGCAAAGGCCUAAAAAGUGGGAAAGCGUCAUAACUUUUUCUUCUCCUGCUGCCAAAAGCUUUGCCUUUGCUGUUGUGGGUGGUCAGACGAUGGAAUUAGCUAUAGCUCAGUUUUGGUCAAGUGGCAUAGGAAGUCAAAAAAUCACUGUUGUUGAAAUUGAGGUCGUGUUUCAUGGGAUAAACAUCAAUAAAGAGGAAGUAGUACUUGAUGGAAGUGAAGCACCUACCAGAAUUGAUGCUGAAGCUAUACUGGCCUCUGAGAAACUGUCACCUGCUGCUCUUCUAAACAAGAUAAGAAAUCCAUAUCGUCCCAUUGAGUCUAAACUUAGUGCUCUUGCAACAGAUCGUGACAAAUUGCCCUCAGGCAAACAGAUUCUAACACUGACUUUAAUUUACAAGUUCAAAUUGGAAGAUGCAGCUGAAGUAAAACCUCAGAUACCAUUACUAAACAACCGCAUAUAUGACACAAAAUUUGAGUCUCAGUUUUAUAUGAUUUCUGACACAAACAAUCGUGUAUAUGCGGUGGGUGAUGCCUAUCCAAAUGCUUCAAAACUUCCUGGGGGAGAAUAUAAUCUACAACUAUGUCUAAGGCACGACAGUAUGCAGUAUCUGGAAAAAUUGAAGCAAUUGGUAUUGUUCAUCGAAAGAAAUUUGGAAGAGAAGGAUGUCAUCCGAUUGAGCUUUUUCUCCCAGCCAGAUGGCCCUGUUAUGGGAAAUGGUAGCUUUAAAUCCUCAGUUUUAGUUCCAGGGAAAAAAGAAGAUUAUUUGGGUCCACCAUCCAAAGACAAGCUCCCUAAGUGUUGUCCACAGGGGUCUGUAUUGCUAGGAGCAAUCUCAUAUGGAAAGCUAUCAUUUACUGGUCGAGAAGGGAAGAAAAAUCCCCAAAAGAACCCUGCAUCAUAUAAGCUUUCUUAUGUAGUGCCACCAAAUAAGCUUGAUGAGGACAAGAGAGAAGGUUCUUCAUCAACUUGCACUAAGACUGUUUUGGAACGAUUGGAAGAAGAGGUUCGAGAUGCGAAGAUUAAAGUUCUUAAAAGCCUUAAGCAAGACAAUGAUGAUGAACAUUUGGAAUGGAAAAAGUUAUCUUCCUCUCUUAAGUGUGAAUAUCCAAAAUACACUCCGUUGCUUUCACAGAUUUUGGAAAGCUUGCUUUCUCAGAGUAAUUUUGAGGACAAAAUCUGCCAUGAUCAAGAGGUUAUUGAUGCUGCAAAUGACGUGAUUGAUAGUGUUGACGAAGAUGAGUUGGCAAAAUAUUUCUCACUCCGAAGUGACCCUGAAGAUGAGGAGGCAGAGAAAAUCAAGAAGAAGAUGGAGAUGAGCCGUGAUCAAUUAGCAGAGGCACUGUACCAAAAAGGAUUGGCUCUGGUGGAUAUUGAAUCCCUAGAGGGUGAGAAUGUGUCAGAUUUGGUUUCAUCUGAUGCAAAAGAUGUGGACAAGACUCGCGAUCCACCUCAAUCAGACUCUGGUAUUCCACCAGAUGUGUUUGAAGAGAACUUCAAAGAAUUGAAGAAAUGGGUUGAUGCGAAGUCUUCUAAGUAUGGCACCCUCCUAGUGCUACAUGAGAGACGCAGUGGAAGGCUUGGAACAGCAUUGAAGGUAUUGAAUGACAUAAUUCAAGAAGCCGGGGAUCCUCCAAAGAAGAAGCUCUAUGAACUAAAGCUCUCUUUACUUGAUGAGAUUGGAUGGAGUCAUUUGGCAGCAUAUGAAAGGCAAUGGAUGUAUGUGCGCUUUCCGGCCAGCUUGCCACUUUUUUAAGGUUGUUCCAUUCCAGAUCAUGGUCUAUCGGAUUGGAAAAGUAGGGGAGACCAAUUCAAGUGAUUUGAUUUCUGUAUGCAUGCUAGUCUUACAGAAUAAAAUGACCAGUUUCUGUACUGUUUCGAUAUCAAAAUGAUAACUUCAUUUACGAAUAAAAUAGAAGGGGGAGUGUGGUACUCCUUCAGUUUAAGACCA